AUGACUGCCAGUGGCUACUGCAAUCACUUGACGCAUAAUUGUCUAAUGCUUGAUGAUGUCAGCCUGCGUAUAGAUUCUCCUAAAAAGCUUUUUAGAUUAUUUGUUAGCAUAAAGCUUUCUGUAAAGAUUUCGGUGAACAUGCCUGCUUCUUACGGACAUCAUGUGGUUGGUGGUGGGCAACAACCGAGCUGUUGGGCAAAACUCAAGAUGGGUUUUAUGAUGGGUGCAAUGAUUGGUGGAGCAACAGGCGUUCUUCUGGGCACUUUCGCGGGCGUU